UGAGAGUAAAUGCGGAGACGCAGGGAGGUCUAGAACAGAAGCGUAAGCAGGAGAAAGAGAUGGCAUCUUCUGUGGUGAAGAACGUGUUGAAGGCGAUUAAAGAGAGAGGUCUCGGCACCUUCAUAAGGGAACUCAGGGAAGAAGGCUACACGAAGUGUCUCUUGGAUGGAAACCUUUUGCAAACCAAAAUCCACAACAUAGGUGCAACUGUCAUAGGUGUUGAUAAGUUUGGCAACAAGUACUAUGAGAAGCUUGGGGACACCCAAUAUGGAAGGCACAGGUGGGUUGAAUACGCAGAGAAGGGUCGGUACAAUGCAUCUCAGGUCCCACCAGAAUGGCAUGGUUGGCUCCAUCACAUGACUGAUCACACGGGGGACGAGCUUCUGAUGCUGAAACCAAAGAGGUACGGGGUAGAACACAAGGAGAAUUUCUCUGGAGAGGGUGAUGAGUUUAUCUACCAUUCCAAAGGGCAUGCACUCAAUCCAGGGCAAAGAGACUGGACAAGAUACCAACCUUGGCAACCUGCCAAGACUGAGUAAUUUCUUUCAGAUCCACUUUUGGGAGAGCUCUAAAAUCUGAAAAUUUUCCAUCUAUUAUCAUGAAUAAGUAAUCUCUUGUUUUAAGCAGUAGACAUGUAUUCACCUUAAGAAAAGUGUGAAUAAUUCCAUAAACUGACUGAUGGAUCCUGUUUCAUCGGUUUAUUGCCAUUAUCCUUUCAUAUCCUCCACAAUUUACAGAUACAGGUGAUGUUUGGGUGAUGCAAGCAUGAUAAAUUCUUUGGAACAUGUAAUCGCCUGAGCAAAAGUUUGAUGAGGGAUCAAAUAGAUUUCACUUGUGAUUAGUUCA